CAUAAGAAAAGCAACAUACCAACUUGUGAAAAACAGAGAAUUUUAGAAAGCAAUUAAAGUUGACACUUUUUUUCUUAGUGCUACUUUGCUUUAAUUUGUGCAAAAAUCGAUACACUCAAAAACCUUUGUGACCCUUCAACCUUAUAGAAAAAAUGCAAUGUUCAGACGAAACUAUUGCUAGGUUGUUCUACAAUACCUCUAGCUCUUUUCAAAUUUUCUUACUCAUCACCUAUUUCACUUCCAUUUUACUUGCCAAAUUGUUCUACUUUCUUGGUGGAAAUCCAUUUUUCUGGAGGAAUCAAGAUGGAUAUGAUUUUGCUGAAUUUUCUGAGGAUGAAGAAAUGGAGGAAGAAAAUAUGUAUUAUCGUAAUAAUAACAACAACAAUGUUGAGACAGUGGAAGAAAAUUAUUUCAUAGACGAUAAAUUUCUUGGUUUUGAGAAAGAGGUGAUAGAAGAAAGUUGUAGCACUGAUGAAGAAGAGUCUAUUUAUAGUUCAGUACUGGAUUUAGAAUCAAUUUAUCAUGAUGAAGUGGAAGUUAAAGAGAUGGAUGAUGAUUCUGAUUCUGAUUCUGUUUCUUAUUGUUAUUCUCAAAUCAACAAAGCUGGGCCCACCUCAUCUCUUCCCAAGGACUCGAAGACAAACGGAUCAACGAACAUGAUCGAUAAGGACAUAAAUCACGGAAAUUGUUACAGGGAGAUCAUUAAAGACAAGAAAGUGGCAGAGAUUAAUUUAUGUACUAGAGAAGACAAUAUGUUUGCUAGUGCAACAUCAUCAAAUUUAGAGAGCAAGAAGAUGUACCAAUUAGUGCAAGAAAAGGAAGAGCAUGAAAUAUUUGGGGAUUCCUGUACCAAUGGUUCUACUUCAAAGAGUUCCACUGAAUGGAGAAGCUCCAUAAAAGACUCAACAACUGAUGAUCCAUUUUCUUCUUCAUCAAGGAGAAGUUGCCCAAAAUGGGAGUCUUACACAAUCUUCCAAAAAUAUGAUGAAGAAAUGCUGUUUUAUGAUAGAAUUAGUGCCCAAAAAUUACGUGAAACUGAAUCAUUAAGAUCAAUUCAAGCAUGUCCGCGAUCAAUAUCAGAUAGGAUUGUUCAUAAAUUGGGAACAAGCAAGAAUAAGAAGUCAUCGCGGCAUAACCCUUAUCAUGAACUAGAGGCUGCUUACAUUGCACAGGUAUGCUUAGCAUGGGAAGCUCUGAGUUGGAAUUACAAAUACUUCCAACACUUACGAGCUUCCCGUAAUAAUACUAAUAAGGAAUCGGAGGACCCAGGUUGUCCGGCUUAUGUAGCACAACAUUUUCAGCAGUUUCAAGUCCUUUUACAAAGAUAUGUUGAGAAUGAGCCAUAUGAAAAUGGUAGGAGACCUGAGAUUUAUGCUAGAAUGAGAAGCUUAGCUCCGAAGUUGCUUCAAGUACCAGAAUAUCGAGAUUCAGAGGAGGAUAACGGGCAGGAAGAUUAUUGCUCAAGAAUAUCUUCAGAUUCAUUUCUUCAGAUAAUGAAAGAAGCAAUCAGAACCUUUAUGAAUUUCCUAAAGGCAGACAAGGAGAAUCGUAGUCAAAUAUUAAUGGCUGCUUUCUUUAGCAGAAAAAGAAGAGGUUCAGCUAAUGCAACUUUCAUCUUAUUACUUAAGAAAGUAAACAAAAAGAAAAAAUCAAAGGUAAAAGAUCUACGACGAACAGGGAAGUGCUUGAGGAAUAAAAGAAGGUUGAGAGAAGAUGAAGAAAUGGAGAUAUUGAUAUCCUUAAUAGACCUGAAAUUAGUGUCGAGGGUGUUGAGAAUGAGCCAAGUAAACGAGGAACAGUUGCAUUGGUGCGAAAACAAAAUGAGCAAAGUAAGAAUUUCUGAAGGCAAAUUACAACGAGACUCUUCACCACUUUUCUUUCCAGCACACUGAGGCCCCGCCUGGCACUGAGUAAAGUGGUUCAUUUUACUUUAAUGACUAGAUCAUGAAUGUGCCAUAUGCAUGCAGAUGAAUAUAUCCUGCCAGAAUAAGGACAAGAAAAUAAAGGGGUGGCCCAGCAAUAAAAGUUACAUGGGAGGAAAACAAUGAAAAAGGGGGUUAAUUAAAGGGAGUGGAUGACUGAUUGUUUUAGUGAAAUAUUGACUGUACUGAAUAAGCAAAAAGAAAGAAAUAGCAAAGGGCAAAGGAACGUGGAUGAGGAUAAGUGACAAGGUAGCUUUACUUCUUUUUCUAGCUUUUUUAUUAGUGAGGGUUUAUCCAAAAAGAAAAGCUGAUUGAGGACCUUGCAAUGGAAUUUUAAAAAGGGAUAGAAUCUUGAUUAGGUCCUACUCUUGCUUUAUAGACAAAUAUGAAAAUCAACAGCAAUAGAUGCAUCCAGAGAAAGUAAAUAUAUGUGUUUUUGAUUUUGUA